AUGAUGACGCGGUGGUUGCGCCUUGCCUCGGUGCUUCCCUCUGCACUUGCUCUCACACCCAAUGAUCCGGCUCACCACGUAAAGCAGGUAGCAAUCAUAGGUGCAGGUGCAGGUGGCUCAUCCGCUGCAUACCAUCUCGCGCAAUAUGCCGCCGAAGCAGGCAUCCCUACAAACAUCACCGUCUUCGAACGCAACGACUUUGUCGGCGGCCGCACAACGACUGUGAACCCAUGGAACGAUCCGACGAUAUCCGUAGAGCUGGGCGGCAGCAUCUUUGUACAGAGCAAUCGAAUAAUGGUGAAAGCCAAGGAGGAAUUCAACUUAUCUACUGCUGGAGCACGAGAUCUCGCAGCGCAAAUGGAAAUGCCUGAUUUAGGCAUUUGGAAUGGACAGGAAUUCGUCGUAGUGACGAAAGCUGGUGAUACUUGGUGGGACAAGGCGAAGCUACUGUGGAGAUAUGGCGCUGCGCCGCUUUGGACCAACAGGCUGAUGAAGAGUGCCGUGGGCAAGUUCUUCGAGAUGUAUGAUGAACCGGUGUUUCCGUGGAAGAGCUUGAGUGACGCCGUCGAGCGUGUGGGCUUGUUGGAAGCCACUGGAGUGACAGGGGAACAGUACCUCAGGACGAAUGGAAUCGGGGAAGCGUUCUCCAAGGAGAUUAUCCAAGCCAGCACCCGGGUCAACUACGCCUCGAACUUGCCUUAUAUUCACGGCUUGGAGACAAUGGUUUGCAUGGCAACAAACGGAGCAAUGCAGAUUGAAGGAGGCAACUGGCAGAUCUUUGCGCAUAUGCUGAAAACCUCUCGCGCCAAUGUCCACCUCAACACUUCUGUCGCCCAGAUUUCGAAGCAGCACGAUGGCAGCUAUGAAGUUACCGCAAGUACCGGCCACACAUCGGUCUUCGACGAUGUCAUCCUCGCAUCCCCUCUUCAGUAUUCGGAUCUUGUUAUCCAACCCGCGCCACAGCACAUUCCCGAUGAGAUCCCCUAUGCGAAACUGUACACUACCCUGUUCGCCUCGCCCUUCCGAUUGGACCCAGAAGCUUUCAACCUUGGGCCUGAGACACCUGUACCGCAAUACGUCCUUACCACGCUACCCCCGUCUGAGGUCCCGGUGGAUGGUGUCGGGUCGCCCAACUUCUUCAGCAUAUCCAUAUCCGAUGCUGGUAUCAACCCGGGAUCUUCCCCACUUCGAUUGGAAUACAUCUACAAGAUCUUCUCACCUGCCCGUGUGAACGCCACCUUCCUCUCGCGCGUCCUUGGCCAACAUGUCUCAAACGAGGAAGCCGAACACGGCGAUGUAAAUGGCACGGUGAGCUGGAUACACCACAAACUGUGGUACUCAUACCCACGCGAAUACCCACGCGUGACAUUUGAGGAGAUCAAGCUAGACAAUGGACUGUGGUAUACCAGCGGAAUCGAGAGCUUUAUCAGCACCAUGGAGACGAGUGCAUUGAGCGGGAAAAACGUUGCUAGACUGAUCAGGGAUGAUUGGGUUGCCCAGGGCGUUGAUGACAGUUAUGCGAACCCUCGGAAAGAUGGCACCGACGAAGAGCUGUAUCAACAGGAGCUAUGA